AUGGCUGAUGACCACGGCCAGCGGAGCCUCUGGCGCAAAUACAACGCCUUGGUCGCCCGCAACGAGGCCGCCGAACGCGCGCUUCGGGACUCGAACCGCGCUGCCGAAGCCUCGGUGCGCGCUCAGCUCACAGAAGCGUUUGGUCAGAUUUCUGAGCCUGCAGCUCCGACUGCCAGAGCCUCGACGCGGGCAGUCACACCGCGCCAUGCCAAUAGCGUUCAGACUCCUCCAGCGGGCCUAGAACUUCCAACCCCGCGGCAUGUCACUAGCACUGCGGGCCCUCCCCCAGCUACGCCUCCAGUCACGCCGUAUCACGUCUCCCGUUCCGGUCAUGGGUUCAGCAAUGCAGCCUCUGAGCGCGCUUCGACGGUCGCGCCAGAAGAGAUCGAAAUCCUCGACAUGGAUAUCGAUUCCGACCGCCAUAUCGAAGAGGCUGUUGAUCUCGAGCGCGCAGGACAGGCCAAUCCCACGGCCAACACCAAUGACACUACCGACCCCGUCAAAACGGAAGAGUCUGCUCCUGUGAUCGUCCAGGGAGGUGAAGUGGUCGACUUAUGCGGUUCCAACACAUCAGACGAAGAAGAAGAGGGCGUGGAGCUGGAGGUUGUGGAAGAGCCCAGGACGCCGGUCAAACCACCUCCAAGUCUUGCGAGGCAUUUCUCGAGGUUUAGGGGUGAUCCUGUUUCUCCUAUGUCUCCCACGCCUGUAGCCUCGACAUCUGAGCAAGCGAGCGGAACUCAGGCUCAGAAUGAGAAGAGCGCCGUCGCUCCAACCCAGUCUCAAUCAUCCACCGCAUUGACAACUCAGAAAGCGGGUGAGAGCACCGCAAGCAGCCUCAAGACCAAGCCCGCUGCAUCGGCGUCAGCGGCCGGAAGCUCGAAUGCUACCAACCCCUCAACUCCCAAACCUGCCCGCAAGCGCGCCGCACCAGAGAUAGUCAACAUCAGCGACGAGGAUUCCGACUACGCGCCCCAAGACAGCCCUCCGCCUCCGCCGAAACGCCCACGUCCAGCUGCAGCGGCGAAGAAAAACGUCACGAUAGCGAGUCCGCUCGUCACCCCAUCUAGCAACAGUAAGAAAUCUGGCUCCGCCACUCCUACGUCCGCCCUCUCGAAGAAGCGCGGUCCCGGCGUCAUGAAGCCGAUAUUCUCCCACACGCGCAAAGCAUCCCACCCCACGCUCCACGACCCGCUGAGCACCGGCGCGAACAUGCGGAUGCGCACGGCGCUGAUGGCGCCGCCACCUCUGGGGGGUAGGGUACAGCGCGUCGCCGCCACGAAGGCGCGCCAGAUGACCGGGUUGGUGGUUAGGGAGGAGGCGAGGAUGAGGAAGAUGAGCGACGAUGCGCUCAUGGAUGAGAUAGAGGAUGGGCGAGUGGUGGGGAGGCUGAGCUUAGAGCCGCCGGCAGGUAGGAGGCGGGGGCAAUGA